GCUCUGGAGAAGACAGACGCUCUCAUCCCUCUUUCUAUUUCACUCCAAAGAAAGGUCCUCCACAAAUGGCCUUGAGGAACCACAGCACCAUCACCGAGUUUAUUCUCACUGGGCUGUCUGAUGACCCCCACAUCGAGGCUCUGCUCUUUGUGCUCUUCCUGGGGAUCUACCUCCUGACCAUGAUGGGGAACCUAACGAUGCUGCUGGUGAUCAGGACUGACUCCCACCUCCACACGCCCAUGUACUUCUUCUUAAGUAAUCUCUCAUUCCUAGACCUCUGCUUCUCUUCUGUCACUGUGCCCAAGCUACUGAAGGACCUCCUGUCUGAGAAGAAAACCAUCCCUGUUGAGGGCUGCCUGACUCAAGUCUUCUUUGUGUUUAUCACUGCAGGGACCGAAGCCUUUCUGCUCUCAGUGAUGGCCUAUGACCGCUAUGUUGCCAUCUGCCAUCCACUAUUUUAUAGCCAAGUGAUGAGCAGCCAGUUCUGCAUAAAGCUUUUACUGGCCUCCUGGGGUCUGGCCUCUUUCAAUUCAGUCAUAAUUGUGCUUUUGGCUAUUAACCUGGACUUUUGUGAGGCUCAAAUCAUACACCACUACACGUGUGAGCUGCCCUCCCUCUUCCCUCUGUCUUGCUCUGAUAUCUCUGUCAAUAUUGACAUCUUGAUCUGCUUAAUCUUACUGCAUGGUUUUGGAACGUUCCUCCCAGUCUUCUUCUCUUAUGUUCGCAUUGUCUCCACCAUCCUGAGCAUCAGCUCCACUACAGGCAGAAGUAAGGCCUUCUCCACCUGCUCCUCCCAUCUCAUUGCGGUGGUCCUGUUCUUCGGCUCAGGUUUUGUUCGCUAUCUCAUGCCUUCCUCUGGUUCCUCCCUGGAUUUGCUCUCCUCCUUGCAAUAUAGUGCGGUCACACCCAUGCUGAACCCCUUCAUCUACAGCCUCAAGAACAUGGAGGUGAAGGCAGCUGUGAAAAGGGUGUGGGAGAAAUAUCUGCAAUAUUUUAGGUAG